AUCACGACCUCUUUCCUUCAUGUGAUGGACUGACGUGUGUUUCAUCCAUGGAGCACUGAGAGUGACUGCAUGACGAACGACUUCACCAAUUGGCACAGAGAAGUGUCUGUCAUCUCGUCUUCUCCCACUGGAAACCUAUAGGCGAGGGAGAGGAGAACGUCGGUAGAAACGUAGCUUUCACAUUUCUUCUCACAUUUCACUGGGCUGUGUGUCUUGAAGGACCAGAGCUUGUUUUGUUUUCAGGUCCGACAUGCAGCGAUGUGUGUGAGUGUGUGUGUGUGUGUGUGCGCACGCGCGUGCGUGUGUGUGUGCGCGCGCACCAGGCGAGGUCUUCAUCCAGCUGAUUGUUAUUUUUGAGAAGCUGGACACGGUUGGACACCCGGAGUCCCCAGAGUGAUUGUCGGGGAAGCCCUCAUCCCUCAUUCUCACACAGGCACACAAUGAUCUCCUCCUCUUCCUCCCCCGCCUCCUCCUCCUCUUCCUCCUACUCCUCCUCCGCUCUCACGGAUGCUGCUGAUGCUGAUGCUGAUCCUCUCCGUUUACUCGCCAGCGGACUGCACACAGCAUCUCGGUGAACGAUGAUCGCAUUACGGAUCGGGCUCGGUAGUCGUGCCCUUUUUUCUCUCGGAGCUGCAGAAGAAGCAAAAGCAGAGCGGAUGCUUGGCAAGGAUAAGAGUAGCAACCUACACGCAGAAAGCUCUGAGCUCCAAGCAUCGGCUAUGCAUACAUCUCCAUCCUCCUUCUCAUCACCAUCAUCAUCAUCACCAAUAUUACUAGAGCAAGAGAGAUACGACUGAACUUCCGAUGAUGUAUUUAACAAAAAGGUUUGGUAUGAGUGUGGUCAUCCCCAUCCGGAACAACUAGGACCUUCAGUUUUGGAAUAGGUUUUAUUCAUUUAUUUUUGGUUUGGUUGGUUGAUUUUGUUUGUUUUUGUUUUUUGGAGGAAGUCUGGUCCACUGCAGCCUUCACCAUGAGCCACCCACAGCCAUCUCAGCCGACUGCAGCACCCGACCUGGAAGUGAUCUCCCAGCAGGUGGACGAUGAAGGCCAGUGCAUGGCUCCAGUGCAGUUGGUCAGCUUUGCUUACAGAGAUCUCCCUCUGGCUGCACUUGACAUCUCCCUGGCUGGCUCUCAGCUCAUCUCCAACCUUGAUGAAGAGGAAAAUAGAGAAGGGUCUAACUGGCUGAAGCCAUGUUGUGGGAGGAGGGCCGCUCUUUGGCAGGUCUGCUUGCUGAGUGCAGGUUUUAACUGUUUGCUAGUGGCGUGUGUUAUUCUGGUGGUGGUGCUGCUGACUCUGGAGCUGCUCAUCGACACCCGGCUGCUGCAGUUUACCAAUGCUUCCCAGUUUGCUGCCAUUAUUCACUGGAUCAGCCUGGUCAUUCUCUCCAUUUUCUUCACUGAGACUGUCUUCAGGAUUGUGGUGCUGGGGAUAUGGGAUUACAUAGAGAACAAAGUUGAGGUGUUUGAUGGUGCUGUGAUUGUGCUCUCGUUGGCCCCAAUGGUUGCCUCCACCGUUGCUAAUGGACCCAGCAGCCCCUGGGAUGCCAUUAGUCUCAUAAUCACCCUUCGCAUAUGGAGGGUCAAGAGGAUUAUUGAUGCGUACGUGCUGCAGGUGAAGGUGGAGAUGGAGAUGGAGCUUCAGCAGUAUGAGAAGGCUAAAGCUGUGCGGGAGGAGCAGCUCGAGAGGCUCACGCAGAUUUGUCAAGAGCAGGCGUUUGAAAUCAGGCAGUUACGAGCUCACCUGGCUCAGCAGGAUCUGGACCUGGUGGCAGAGCGUGAGGCAGCUAUGCAGAUCCACCAUGUUUGGGGAAAGCAGAGCAGCAGCUUUCAGGAGGUGGAUGGACUCGGACCCGUAGCCUCCGACACUGAGGGCAGAGGCAAGAGGAGAGAGCCAGGAGCUCCGACAGAAAACAUCGCUCAAGAUGACAUGAACAAUUACAUCAGCCAGUAUUACAGUGAGCCAAGUAGUGAUAUUGGGGUUCCAGAGCCAGGUGCACGCAUUAUAACUACUACAGCCAUAGACGUGCACCUGCCCACAAACCCAUGCCAGCUGCCUCCAUCUCUGGUGAGUGCUGAUGGACCAGGCAGCUCAGUGAGCGAGGCUCCCAGCAGCACAGUGUCAUGCUCUAGCUGCAGCUUCUCAGCACGCCAGCACAGCAUCAGCAGCCAUACACUGGCCUCCAGCAGUGAGUGUAGCUCCACCGUACGUGAGGCCUCCACCUCUGACUAUAGCGGCCAGCACUGUUGUCCACCGCCUUACUGCAGUCCACUGACACUGGGCACACAGGGUGGAGGGCACAACCCCAGUGCUGUGGUCCAGGAACUUCUCUCAUCCCUGUCUGAGGACUCAUGUUUAGCCCAGAAGGGCAGAGUGAACCCGCUUAACCUGAAGCUCCCCAGUCCAGCCGGCUCAGCUAAAGCCAGCCCCGAGCUGGAGCACAGGGUCAAUAUUUACAAUAAGAGGAACCAAGAGAGCAUGGCUGUGUUCCAAACCAAGCCACUGAUCCACCUGCAGGGAAAUGAACCAUUGCUGGAUGAGAAGUACAGACUCAUGGAACCUGCAGAUGCUCCACUGACUCGCAUGCCGGACACGUAGGGCAUGGAGUACAGCGGCAUGGCCACCAUCACCAGCUAAAGCAGCUUCCCUCUCUGUCUCUCUCUCUCAGCCAGCACUGUUCACUUAGACUCCCAGGCUUCUUGCCAUGUAGAAGUGUACACUGAGCAACAUGCUAAGGACUUUGCUUUCAGUUGCCUUUUCCAUUGAGGUUUUCUAUCUUCAUGGCAAGGAAUUGUCUGCACAUGUCCGUCCUCUCUCUCCUCUCCCCCUCCCUCUCUCU